ACGGAGUGAGAGGCGACAGUCACGACGACUGCAGCAGCUGGUUAAAGUGAUAUAAUCUUGUGUUAUGAAAUUUAAGUUUUCCGGAAAACAUCAGGGGAUUAUGGAACCACACCAUAGAAGGUCAUUGCGCUUUUUCGAUCAGUUUUGCGCUCAUUCUUAGUAAUUGUUUUAAUUUCCAAAGCCACUUUAAAUGAAGAAUACUGGUGAUUUAACAAAAUUAACAAUGUAUUUGUGUUGAUCCAUGGAUUUACACUUAUCUGGUAUGGAGGAACUGGGUCAUCAACAUGAGUUUUGAUACUGCUAAUGAUGCCAACUUCUGGAGUAACGGGUCCUCUGAGCUGUACGCAGAGACACCAGGACCGUUGUCUGCAAAUAAUACCAAUUUGACCACAGCGAAUUACACAGACACGAAUCCUCUGGACCUUACCCGAGCCGUGUCAGUUGGUAUGGUUCUGGGCGCUUUCAUUUUGUUCGCAAUCGUGGGCAACAUACUCGUAAUACUUUCCGUUGUGUGCAACAGACACCUGCGUAUCCCAACGAACUAUUUCAUUAUCAACCUAGCAAUUGCAGACCUGUUACUGGGUACCACAGUUCUGCCCGUGUCCGCAACACUGGAGAUUCUCGACUACUGGGUAUUCGGGAGGAUCUUCUGUGACAUCUGGGCAGCAGUGGACGUGUUAUGUUGCACGGCCUCCAUCAUGAGCCUGUGCGUAAUAUCCAUAGACCGUUAUAUAGGCGUGCGCUACCCACUGCAGUACCCCUGUAUAGUAACGGAGAAAAGAGCCAUUUUGGCCAUGCUCGGUGUGUGGGUUCUCGCCACUGUCAUCUCCAUCGGACCUCUACUAGGGUGGAAACAACCACCCUCAAAUGAUGACACCGUUUGCCCCAUCACCGAAGAGCCCUUUUACGCACUCUUCUCCUCCCUGGGUUCAUUUUACAUACCUCUGGCUGUCAUCCUGUGCAUGUACUGCCAGGUUUAUGUAGUUGCCAAACGGACCACUAAGAACUUGGAGGCGGGGGUCAUGAAAGAACGCAUGGACUCGAAUGAGCUCACGCUCAGGAUCCACUGCAAAAACGCACAGCUGCAAGAAUACUGCGUCACGGGCAAAGGCCAGGCGCGGAGCACACUAACGGUGAAACUGCUCAAAUUCUCCCGAGAGAAGAAAGCUGCUAAAACUCUGGGUGUGGUGGUAGGCAUGUUUAUUCUCUGCUGGCUGCCAUUCUUCCUCGUGCUGCCCAUCGGGUCGUUCAACGCCAACCUGCGUCCCUCGGAGACGUUCUUCAAGGUGAUCUUCUGGCUGGGCUACUUCAACAGCUGCCUGAACCCCAUCAUCUACCCCUGCUACAGCCGAGAGUUCAAGCAGGCCUUCAUACGUAUCCUUAAGUGCCGCUGCCAUCAGAAGAAGAAGCAGAAAGGUUGGAAUGCCUACUACAACCAACGUUCCUCUCGCCUGGGCUCCACCAAUACCUCCUACCUGAACGGAAGUCAGCAGACCCUGUCCUCCGUCAACCCCAGCCCUCACUGUGUCAGCAAAGUGACUGGCUCUCGCCUAGAGCCUGGGUUUGACCUCAACUCCCCAUCCCCCUGCACGUCUCUGCCAGGGAGCCCUUUCACUGGCCAGAUGAGAGCCCUCCCUGGGGCUGUCUACCAGAGCACCAGCAGAAAUAACAGAGUCCACCUGGUCUCUCCCCUGGCCAGGGAGUCAGUUCAUGCCAAUGGACAGAGUAGAAAUGGAGAGGUGGAGCAUGGAUCAAUCAGGGCAACACCUGACACAAUUAUGUAAUGACUGUGUGGGGCACCAGUCAUAAGCCUGGACAAUAUCGUUUAAUAGUCUGUACUAAUGCUUUUAGAGACACUAUACAUUGGAUCAUUGUAAAUGUCUAAAUGCAAUAUGGACAGCAGCCUAACUACUGUAGCAGUAUGGAUUGAAGAUGUCCACAUCACAAUGAUUCCCUGAGUAUUUAUUACUAAGAAUCUGGUUGCUUCUAGUUCCAUGUCCUCCAAAUGUCAUCGUCAAUAGGUCUUUUGGACAAUUUUAGACAGAACAGUGAGGUUCUCUGCUACUGCACAAAACAUUUGCAGAACAAUGUGUGCAGCUCUGGCACAUACUAACUAGGCCCUUGAAAGACUCCAUGAAAAAGGGACCAACUGUACCCACGUUUUGACUUGGGUUGCACUGCUCUGCAUUUGUAACAGAUAUACAUACAGUUGAAGUCGGAGGUUUACACACACCACAGCCAAAUACAUUUCAGCUCAGUUUUUCACAUUUCCUGACAUUUAAUCUUAGUAAAAAUUCCCUGUCUUAAGUCAGUUAGGAUAAUCACUUUAUUUUAAGAAUGUGAAAUGUCAGAAUAAUAGUAGAGAGAAUGAUUUAUUUCAGCUUUUAUUUCUUUCAUGACAUUCCCAUUGGGUCAGAAGUUUACAUACACUCAAUUAGUAUUUGGUAGCAUGGCCUUUAAAUUGUUUAACUUGGGUAAAACAUUUUGGGUAGCCUUCCGCAAGCUUCCCACAGUAAGUUGGGUGAAUUUUGGCUCAUUCAUCCUGACAGAGCUGGUGUAACUGAGUCAGGUUUGUAGGCCUCCUUGCUCGCACAUGCUUUUUCGGUUCUGCACACAAAAUGUCUAUAGGAUUGAGGUCAGGGCUUUGUGAUGGCCACUCCAAUAUCUUGACUUUGUUGUCCUUAAGCCAUUUUGCCACAACAUUGGAAGGAUGCUUGGGGUCAUUGUCCAUUUGGAAGACCCAUUUACGACCAAGCUUUAACUUCCUGACAGAUGUCUUGAGAUGUUGCUUCAAUAUAUCCACAUAAUUUUCUUUCCCCAUGAUGCCAUCUAUUUUGUGAAGUGCACCAGUCCCUCCUGCAGCAAAGCGCCCCCACAACAUGAUGCUGCCACCCCCGUGCUUCAUGGUUGGGAUGGUGUUCUUCGGCUUGCAAGCCUCCCCCUUUUUCCUCCAAACAUAACGAUGGUCAUUAUGGCCAAACAGUUCUAUUUUUGUUUCAUCAGACCAGAGGACAUUUGUCCAAAAAGUAUGAUCUUUGUCCCCAUGUGCAGUUGCAAACCGUAGUCUGGCUUUUUCCAUGGCAGUUUUGGAGCAGUGGCUUCUUCCUUGCUGAGUGGCCUUUCAGGUUAUGUCGAUAUUGGACAAGUUUUAUUGUGGAUAUAGACGCUUUUGUACCUGUUUCCUCCAGCAUCUUCACAAGGUCCUUUGCUGUUGUUCUGGGAUUGAUUUGCACUUUCGCACCAAAGUACGUUCAUCUCUAGGAGACAGAACGCGUCUCCUUCCUGAGCGGUAUGAUGGCUGCGUGGUCCCAUAGUGUUGAUACUUGCGUACUAUUGUUUGUACAGAUGAAUGUGGUACCUUUAGGCAUUUGGAAAUUGCUCCCAAGGAUGAACCAGACUUGUGGGAGGUCUAAAAAAAUAAUUCUGGGGUCUUGGCUGAUUUCCUUUGAUUUUCCUAUGAUGUCAAGCAAAGAGGCACUGAGUUUGAAGGUUGGCCUUGAAAUACAUCCACAGGUACACCUCCAAUUGACUCAAAUUAUGUCAAUUAGCCUAUCAGAAACUUCUAAAGCUAUGACAUAAUUUUCUGGAAUUUUCCAAGCUGUUUAAAGGCACAGUCAACUUAGUGUAUGUAAACUUCUGACCCACUGGAAUUGAAAUAUGAAAUAAUCUGUCUGUAAAAGUGAAAUAAUCUGUCUGUAAACAAUUGUUGGAAAAAUGACUUGUGUCAUGCACACAGUAGAUGUCCUAACCGACUUGCCAAAACUAUAUUUUGUUAACAAGAAAUGUGUGGAGUGGCUGAGAAAUGAGUUUUAAUGACUCCAACUUAAGUGUAUGUAAACCUCCGACUUCAACUAUAUAUAUAUAUAUAUUUUAAAAAAGGCAUGUCUCUACAAAUGUUUUUAGGGUGAAGAACGUUUCCUUGUUGUCAUAAUGAAUUUGCUCUAUUUGUCUGUUUGGUGAAAGUCAUGGCAUUGUGUUGAGAUCAUUCAGGGUCAUUAUUGACAUGAAUCCCAGUGUGCAUUUGGGUUUGUUCUCUCAAUCUAAGAAUCUAUUUGGAGCAUUCCAUAACAACCACUGUGUAAUGUUAAUAUUGAAAAUGCAUUUUUAGGUAUUAGUAUCGCAUGUUCGUAUAUCUUGAUAUACAGUGUCUUAUAGCAGCGUUUGUAGCUCACAUCUGCUAAACUUGGGAUUGAUGUUUAUUUAUUACAAUAUAGGUGGUGAUGGAGAUGUUAUUUUAUGUGAAGGGGAAUGUACUUUUAAUCUCAAACAAUUUAGAAGGACAAUGCAGUAACAACAUAACUAUGUUGACAAAUAAAAUCGAUCUUAAAGAUGGCUGUUCAGAUGGAUCUACAGUACAUGGAUGUACAGUACAUGGAUGUACAGUACAUGGAUCUACAGUACAUGGAUCUACAGUACAUGGAUCUACAGUACAUGGAUCUACAGUACAUGGAUCUACAGUAUAUUUAAGGAUAUUGUCAACUCAAAUGCCCUAAUUACUCUCUUGAAAAUAUGUAGUCAUAUUAAAAUGUAUCAAUCUUAAUUCAGACCAAAUAUUAUUUUUUAAAGAUGUCUUAUUCCACUAUGGUGACUAUAACCAAGUGAAGGGGAAUGGAAACGUAUAUUUACUAUUUCAUUACACACACUCACACACAAACACACACACACUCCCUGAUACACCCCAUAACUCGGCCCACUCACUAUACAUUCUUUCAAGACAAAGAUAAGACAGCACAGAGGUGAAAUGUGUCAAAAGAAAUGGCGUAGUUGUACAUAAUGUUCUUUUGUAAAUGGUUUUGAGUGCAGAGGUUAAAUAAACUUGAUUUAUAAAUGUU